GUGGUGCUGGCAGCGGUGGCGGAGCCGGGGGUCCUCGGCACGGGCGGCUCAGGGGGCCGGCUGCUCCCUGCCCCGUGCCCCACCCCUGGGUGCCAGCGCCGCAGAUAAGGGCAGCCGCGGGCAGCACCCGUUGUGCGGCACGGCGCGGGCGGCAGAGCCGGGCCAUGGCGGUGCCCACGCUGAACCUCCGUGCCCUCACCUCCUGGCUGGGCAUCGCCCGGCUCCUGGCCGUGCUGCUGUCCUGCGUCGCCUUCAGCCUGGUGGCCUCCACGGGGAGCUUCGGGGACCCCUACGGGACGUGGUGCAUGUUCAGCUGGUGCCUCUGCUUCGCCGGGACGCUGCUGGUGCUGCUGGCGGAGCUGCUGGAGCUCUGCUCCCUGCUGCCGCUCUCCUGGGACGACCUCACCUCCGCCUUCUCCAUGCUGGCAGCCCUGAUGGUCUUCACCACCUCGGUGGUCUUCCCCUCCACCUUCAUCAGCGGCCCCUGCAGGGGCAGCGUCUGCGCCCGGCAGGCCGUGGCCACCGCCGCCUCCUGCCUCUGCUUCCUGGCCUACGCCCUCGAGGUGGGGCUCAGCCGUGCCCGGCCGGGGGACAUCAGCAGCUUCCUCUCCACCGUGCCCGGGCUGCUCAAGGUCUUUGAAGCCUACGUGGCCUGCCUUAUCUUCUCCCUGCUGGAUGGCUACAGCUCCACCGCCGGCCUGCAGUGGUGCGUGGCUGUCUACUCCAUCUGCUUCAUCGUCACCCUCCUCAUCAUCAUCUUCACCAUUGGCCGCUGCCUCAGCUACAUGCCCUGCCCGCUGGAGAAGAUCCUGGUGGGCUACAACGGCCUGGCCUUCCUGAUGUACCUCACAGCCACCAUCCUCUGGCCCCUCUACAGCUUCAAGGACAGCCAGCGCCCCGACCCCUGCGGCAAGGACUGCCUGUGGAACAAGCGCCUGGGGGUCACCUUCCUCACCAUCUUCAACCUCAUCGCCUACUCGGUGGACCUGGUCUACUCCACCAGGAUGGUCUUCAUCAGGACACCUACCUAAGGCUCCCGGGUGGCCCUGCUGGGGCGAGGGGCGGUGGGAUGCAGCUGGCUGCCAGAGUGGGGCUGCCGGUGGAGCUGAGGAAGAGGCUGCAUGCCUUGGAGAGCUCCUUCUCCCCACGCUCCCAGGGGUGCUUCUGGCCACGGGGCUUAGGGGGGCAGCUGGGGGGGACCAGGGUGCUCCCAAAACCCUGGAGCUGGGUGAAAUUUGGGAUUAA